AUGCCUAAUUCGCACAAACCUCAUUUCUUGAAGCCUCUGCUUCCCGAUUUCCACAGUGGCGUGACAAUACCACUUGGCUUCUUCUCACAGCACAUAGAAGGGAAGACAAACCGGAAAACAUGGAAACUAAGAUCGGACGCUACAGAUCAAACUUGGGAAGUGAUACAAGAAGGCAGGAGACUCACCGGAGGUUGGAAAGAUUUCACCACAGCACAUGACCUUCAAAUCGGUGACAUUGUCAUCUUCAAACACGAAGGAGAUAUGGUGUUUCAUGUCACACCAUUUGGUCCUAGCUGUUGUGAGAUUCAGUAUACACAUCCUCACAUCAUCAAGGAAGAAGCCGAUGCGGAUGAUGCUCCUUCUUUCUCAUUUGACUAUUGUUUUCAGGCUGAGGUCACUGCUUCGAAUCUAAAAGAAGACAAACUUUAUCUUCCUGAGGGAGCUACGACUUGUACUGCUUUGAACAAACAAUGCCAAGAGAUAAUACUUGUCAACAAAGAGGGAAAUUCAUGGACUGUGAGUUUGCGAUUUAGCGAAGCAGACAGCAUGUAUUACAUCAGAAGAGGCUGGAGAAAGUUCUGUCGUGCUAACAGAUGCGCCAUAGGAGACUUAUUUGUGUUCAAUGUGGUUGGAGAUGGGAAAACUACUCCAUUAAUGUGUGUAUGUCCGGAAAGGGAAGAGUAA